AUGCCAGAACAACCAGUCUCAGUUCUUUUUGUAUGUCUCGGCAACAUCUGCCGCUCGACAAUGGCUGAGGGCAUCUUCCGUCAUAUUGCCCAGAAGCCGCCAUACAAGGGCCUCAUCGCGAAGGUGGAUUCCUGCGGCACAGGAACCGCGAAACGAACAGCGGCAUACCAUGUCGGCGAUCCUCCCGACGACCGCACCAUGGCGACACUAGAAGACCAUGGCAUUAUGGACUACGUCCACGCUGGUCGCAAGGUUUCAUCAGCCGACUUUGACAAGUUCGACUACAUCUUCGCCAUGGAUCGAUCCAACCUACAGGACCUCCAGAGACUACAGCAACGCGGCAACCCAGAUUCCAAGGCCAAGGUGAUGUUGUUUGGCGAGUUCUCAGGUGGCCGAAGGCCAGAGGUUGUUUCGGAUCCGUACUAUGGUGGUGACGAGGGAUUUGCAAAAGCCUACGAGCAGUGCACAAGAUUUUCCGGCAACUUCUUGAAGCACGUCUUCCCUAACAUCGACCCGAAAGCAUAA